ACUUUUUGCUGAGCAACGAACUGAGCAGGAGGUCGAGUUCGGAACAAGGGCCCGGAUACCUGUAGAGGCGGCGCGCACUCGCUUCCUGGCCGAGCAUGAGCCGAGGUAGCAGUAGUGGCGGCGACAGCAGCGGAGCUAGCUCACCGCCAGCCUCUACUUGCUCUAAGCUCUUUGAGAUGACUAGCAACACAGCCCUCUGUGCCUUCUCUCCGGGAGCUGCGGCCGAGGCCGAGACUUUGCAGGAUCAUCUUUUGGAUGUCCCUGUUACCCGUGAGCAAUUAAACCACUAUCGUAAAGCUGCAGAAAAUGCCCGCAGUGAACUUGCUGCAUCUCUGGUCAAAUUCGAAUGUGUUCAGUCUGAGCUUCUGGAUCUCCGGUCUAAGAUGUUUUCUAAAGAAGUCUCAUGUCAAGAGUUGAAGGCUGAAAUGGAGAGUUAUAAAGAAAACAAUGCAAGACAGUCCUCUCUUCUCAUGUCAUUGCGAGACAGAGUUCAGGAGAUAGAGAAAGAAUCCACAGCACUUGCCACGUCCAAAAUCAGAACAGAAAAAACGGCUAAUGCUGCAACCCAGGAGAACCAGGAACUGAAGAAGAAAAUCACAGACUUAGAAACUAAAUUAAAAAAGUGUUUAAAAGAAAAUGAAGAAAACAAGAACCAAACAGCUAAGAACAGCAAAAACCUUGAGGAAUUUCUAAUCCAACUUUCUGGCUGCUUAGAAAUGGACCUGAAGAAUGAAGAGGAAUCUCAGGAACAUUUAAUUUCAAAGGUUAGGGAGCUGCUUAAAGAAAACACACAUAAGAAAGAACAGAUUGUUACUCUUGAAGAGACUAUAAAUGUCCAUGAGAUGGAGGCAAAAGCAAGCAGACAGACCAUAAUGCGACUGGUUUCAGAAGUAAACAAAGAGCAGAAAAAAACUGCCUCCUGUAUUGAAGAGAAAGAAAAGAUGAACAAGGACUUGACUAGUGCUGUAGAAGCAAAACAGAGUUUUGAGAAGGAAAUUAAAAUCUUACAAGAAAGACUAGCUGUUGGCCAGAGGGCCUGGGAUGCCUCUAAGAAGGAGCUGAGCUGUCUGAAGAAAAAAUCAUAUGAAACAGAGAAGAGUUUGAAGAACUGCAUGGAGGAAGCAAAGACCUCUCAGAGCCGUUUCUGUUCAUUCAUGGAGCAACUUGCAGAACUUCUAAGUAGAAACUCAGUGAUGGAUAAGCCUUCAAAGGAAGAUAUAUUGAACAGAAUACAGGAAAUGAACAAACAGGAAGAAAACAAGAAGCAAAUGGUUUCCCAGCUUGAAGCCCAGAUAGCUAAACUGACUGAACAAUUGGAGAAUGAGACUGAACUUCACCAGAAAGCUCUGCAAAGGGCCCAGAAUGCAGAAAAUCAUUUUGAGAGUCUUCAGAGACAAUUGACACGCUUGGAGGGGGAGCUGGUAUCUGGAGAUGUUCUGCUAGACAGUUUGAGCCUUGAAAAACAAAAAUAUCUAAAAUUUGUGGAUCAGCUUUCAGAGAAGAUGAAGCUAGACCAGAUGGCUGCUGAACUUGGCUUUGACAUGCGGCUGGAUGCAGUUUUAGCUCGUGCAGAGCAACUAGUUCGACUUGAGAGCAAUGCAGUUAUUGAAAACAAGACCAUGGCCCAUAGCUUACAGAGAAAGCUAAAGGCUCAGAAAGAAAGGCUGGAGAGCCGAGAGCUACACAUGAACCUUCUACGUCAGAAAAUAAUUCAGCUGGAAGAGGACAGGCAGGUUCGUACAGCUUUGGCUAUAGAGAAGGAUGAAGCCAAUCUUACCAUCCGGAAACUGCAGAAGAUGGUGGAGAGGUUACAGAAGGAUUUGAGAGUGUCCCGACAAUCUAACAUGGAGCUCAAAGCUAAACUCUCAGAUACUAAUGAGCUCAAGAUUAAAACCCUGGAACAGACCAAAACCAUAGAAAACCUAAACAAAUCCAGGGGUAAACUGGAGAAGAUGAAGGAGAAGGUGGAGAAGCAGUUGAUAUCUGUUAAGUCAGAGCUGGAUAUAACUGAACAUGAAGCAAAAGAGGAUAAAGAGAGGGCUAGAAACAUGUUAGAUGUUGUUACCAGUGAAAUGAAGACACUAAAGAGCACCUUGGAAGAAACAACCAAAAGAGAGAAACAGCUGGUGGACUUCAGGGAGGUGGUUUCACGGAUGUUGGGCCUAAAUAUUACUAGCCUUGCUGUUCCUGAUUAUGAAAUCAUCAAAUGCCUUGAAAGACUCAUCCAUUCUCAUCAGCAUCAUUUUGUUCCCUGUGCUUGCCUUAAAGACCUGACUACUGGACAAGAUAUAUCCUCACAAGAACAUUUAAAACUUUUAUACUGACCUCUGCCUCAUUUGAGGGAAGUAGCACUAAGAGAUGAGGGAGGCAGUGCUGAGAGAGAAAUUUUCACUUCUUCAUUUGUUUGAAUAGAAUCAGUGUCUGGAUCCCUUUGGAAGAUCUUACAUUGAAAUAGGAGAUUGAAUGGUUUAUAGACCAAGAUUCAAAUUUUAGUUAUGGAAACCACCCACUAUUAUUUUGUACCUUUGUGCCACUAUAUGGAGAUACAGCCAAAUGGAGGCAGAUCUCUUUCAUCCAUGUUCCAUGGUUUAAAUUGUGUAAUUUUUCUACCAAUGCUGAUUUGGAUUUAAUGAAGGCAGGUUCUUUGAUCACAUAUCAUAAACAAUGAGAUGCAAAUACAGUGGUACUUGGGCACUCUUCUUCUUUGAAACUCUGCAUUUUGAGAAGAAAAAAAAAAGCUUCAACAUUUGACACUUGUUCAGCACUUGGCUGUUGCCUUAGUUGAGCAGGAGGGACUAGAGGUUGACCAGGUAGAUUGCUCAGUUUUUGAUGUUGCUGAUAUUUAUUACCUUUGGUGAUGAGCAGCUCCUCCCCAGCAAGGGCAGCAGCGUGCAGGACUGUUAGAGUGGAGCCCAUGAUGCUGAGGUUAUGUGGUCUGGGGUGAGUUGAGGGGCAGUUCCUGCAGGACAAUGUGGCCGCAUUGCAUAGUCUUCCUGCUUCAAAAUCAGUAAUACUGGAAGGGGCACAGAGUGGCAGACAUGCUCAGUAGAAGGAAAAGCAGCAGGAGCAGGAGCUGCAGAGGUGGGAACCCAGAAGUAGGUGAUGGGCAUGGAGGACCCAGGACUGCUGAAAGCUCUGAGCCCCAGAUGGGUGAGAGCUCAGGGUGAGAGAAGCUUAGCUUCCCGCUUCCACAUAAGGCUUCCCCUCCCCAAGAAACCUAGGAGGCAUUCGGUGGGGGGAGAGUAUAAAGGUCUUGGUUCCUCUCAGAAAGAGAGUUGGGUCAAGAAAGGAGGAACCUGGCUCAUCUGGGCUGGCUUGUUUCUUCCCAGCUGGAAGCCCCAUUUGCACUUUUGGGGAAUUGGGUAGGGAAGGAGAGUUAAGCUGUGAUCUGGAGAUGUGCUUUUUAUGAGAAAAAUUUAUUAGAUACUUGUCAUUUUUGCCACUUGUCCUGCCUUCUGGAACCAAUUGCUAACAAAUAUUGAGGUGUUACUGUAUUCCUUUCUCUUUAAAUUGAAUCUAUGGAAUCUCUUAUAAACAAGUGCUUCUACUUGGGAAUGAAUGAAUACAAGACAUUUAUUAAGUACUUACUAUGUGCCAGGCACUGUACAAAGGGAAAAACAGUAAAGGCUCAUAGCUAAGGACUUUAAGUUUCAUUUCUGAUUCCUUUAAAAAGUAAUCAAGUCAAUUUGCUAAGAAACAAAUUUUUCCCCUUUCCCCUCCUUCCUUCAUUUGUCUAAGACAAAAAUUCAUAUUUAAUUCUAAACACUUUUCAUCUUCCUUUUUUCUUGGGUCUUUUCCUGUUUGCUUGCAUAUUUUUCCAGGGAAUCAGCUUUUUAUCAUUACUGAGAAAAAUGUAUUGAAAUUUUCUUUAACAUCAAAUUUAUCUGCCUAUAGAUAGAAAUUUCUCUAGAGCACCAGCCCUGAAAUCAGGAGGACCUCUGUUCAAAUCUAGCCUCAGACAUUUAACACUUCCUAGCUGUGUGACCCUAGGCAGGCCACUUAAUCCCAAUUACCUCAGGAAAAAAAAAAGUUUCUCCUAGCUUCCCUGUAAUGUUUUGGUGAAGCAUCAAAGUACCUUAAGGGAGAAAUAGGAAGUGCCCAAUGUCAGGCAAGUUAAACCACUACCACUUAGAUAGCGACAACCCAGAUCUUUCCAUCCAGUAGCAGCACUCUGUCUUAUACUCCUGGUCCUUCUUCAAUUUGGGCCUUUCAGCCAUCAUUGAGGUGAGCAAUUACUAUGGAGAAGGGGCCCACUUUUUUCAGUAUCACUAUAUCAAAUGCUUACUCUUACCAGCUGUCAUAAAUUGGCAGGUAAGCUCAAGAGUCUUGGAAGUGACAGCAUUUUCUUCACACUUCUGCUAUCAUCCUGCUCCUGUAGCUACCAUUUUCAUAAAGCACCCUUUGGGAAGAUACAGUUUGGCAAUUGCUUCUGUGAAUCCUGCAGUCAUAACUAUUGAAGACCUAGGGAGAAAAGAAAAAAAAAUUAAAUUUAAUUCAGGAGCAGCUAGGUAGCCAGUGGAUCGAGCUCCUGAAGUCAGGAGAACCUGAUCAAAUCUGGCUUCAGACACUUAACACUUCCUAAAUGUGUGAUCUUAGGCAAGUCACUUAACCCUGAUGUCUCAGCAAACCCCCCCCCCCAAAAAAAAAAACCCAAAAAUUAAUCCCUCAGCUUUGUCAAAGGGACCAACAUCUGAAAGUGAUAGGAUUUUUCAGCAGAAAUGACAUUAAAAAGGAUGCAUUAUCAUCUAUUUUGCUAUGGUACUCUAAGGAUCAUGGAACUUUUUUAUCAGACUUAUAGCUGAAACCUCUUCACUAUGGUGCCCUCCAUCAUUAGAAUGUGAGCUCUUUUCAGAGCAGGAGCAUAUUUUACUUUUCUAUUUAUAUUCACAAUUCCCAAAUGCACAGAUUUCAUUGAGGAUGUUCCUCAGCAUGUGGUGUAAUGUGGGAUGUGUGUGUAUGUAUAUGGGUGUAUAUAUGUGUGUGUGUGUGGCAAGGAAAGGAGAUCUGGUAGCCUUAGCCAAUUCUUGUCCCAGGUUCCCAGCUGCAGCCUCUGGAUACAUCCUCACACUCUUCCUUGUACAAUUUUUAGUUGUUUCAAAACCCAUGUUAUCUGGGGGAGAUAUGGAUGGCAAAGAAGUCCAGGAAACAACUCAGCUUAAAUGAGACACCGGAAUGGAAUUCAAUAAUUCUUUUUUUGAACACACAUUGUUCUUUACUCUCUGCAUUCCUCCUAAUUCCAAUCUUUAACAUGGGACAUAAUGAAAUGUUAGCAAAUAUUUGCUAAAUGAAAGAAUGAAAUUUACAAUAUCCUCUCAGUUUGAACUUUCUGUCUUCUUUUGAAAUUUAGUGAAAUGAAUUACCUUUGAUUUGUCUUAAUUAUUUUCUAAAAAUAACUUUAGCAUGGUUUCAAUUAAUGUUUUCAUUUAAAAAAAACAAAAAAAAUUAGUUUUUUCUUUUCUGUUUAGAGACUUAAGAUAACUAAAUAUAUAUUCAAGGUCAUGUAAGAGAUUGAAAUGGACAAAUCAUAAUACCCAUUUAAAAUAUUUCUAUUAUAUCUCAAAAUGUAUAUAUCACAUAUGUGUUAUAUGUCUGUCUAGAUAAUGUCUAUAAAACAUUUUAUAAAGACAUAGAAAAUUUUAAAAUAAAAAAAAAUUCAAAAUUUCUAAUAGAAAAGGAAUAUGAGAUAAAAUGAUCAUGUCUACUGCACUUAUUUCAUCUGACAUAUACUUCUAUCCCACACAAUACAUACACAUGCAUCUCUUCCCCCAUAUACAAUCUCAUAUGGACAUUACUUGGUUUUUUAAUUUUGCUAAUGUAAAAUUGGAAAUGUUUUAAUAAAAUUUCUUUUUUGAGUGAAAAAUUUCUGAUUUGACAAUUUGACAAUUGAAUGCCACAGAGUGUGUUUAUAAUUAAUUUACAAUUUUAAUAAGGAAAUGAUUAUAUUCCACAGUAAAGUUCAUUCAUAUUUUAUAUUUCAUAAUAAAAUACAUUAGAUUGCACCAAUGUUCUUAUCUCUUUCUCUUCUCCUGAACUUCCUGUAUUAGAUUAUAAGUUCCUUGAGAGCAUGCAUAAUUAUUCUUUUCUUUUUAUUCUGAGUGUUUAGCACUUAAUAAAUCUUUGUUGAAAAUGAA